AUGCUUGACCACGUCUCCAUCUUCAGCCAGAGCGGUACCGUUCUCUGGUCGCGCUCCCUUUGCCAGCUGCGUGGCAACCCCGUGGACGAGCUCGUCAAGACCGUGCUCCUCGAAGAGCGCACGGGCCGCAAGGAGCUCAACUACGACGCGUACCAGAUGCGCUGGACGCUUGAGAACAAGCUCAACCUCGUGCUCGUCGUCGUCUACCAGAAGGUGCUGCAGCUUCUCUACGUCGACGAGCUCCUCGAGCGCCUCAAGCAAGAGGUCGUUGCCAGCUUCAUCGAUGAGAUCCGCGCGCGUGCGCCGAUUGCCUUUGACGACGCCUUUGAUCGGAUCCUCCGCGACGUCGAGACGAGCUACAUGAAGGGCAAGCACAUGAAUACGACAACGACCAGUACGCGUGCUCUGCCGACCAGUAAGAAGAAUGGCGCGGCCAGAGCCGACGCCAGCUCCGACCCCGCAGACAAGGAAAAGGACGACAGCGAAGGUGUGACGUCGUCGGCCGACGAGCUCGAUCGCUUGAAGCACGACAUGGCGCGUCUCGGAUCCUCCAAGUCGACCAAGACCAUGCGCACGGGCCCGCGCCCGUCCAAGUUCAAGAAGAACGCGGACAAACCCGCCGAUGACAAGAACAAGGGCACGAAGAAGCCUGCGCUUUCGUACACGAUCAAAGACAAGAUCUCGGCCAAGGACAUGGCCAAGCUCGAUCAAUCCAAGCCGGUCACUGCCGACGACGAACAGGCGAUGCUCGAUACCAAGCGACGCGAAAACAUUGGGGCCGACACCAUGUCGGACGACGAGAACGAGAGCGAGUCGGAGCAGUCGGGCACGGACGGCAGCUCGGGCUGGAGCUUUGGCCAGACGCGCCUCGGCGACUUUCUGCAAAAGGUGUCGGGCAACAAGAUGCUGACGCGCGACGAUCUGGCGCCGGUCAUGGACCAAUUCCGCCAAACGCUCAUUGCCAAGAACGUGGCGACCGAAGUGGCCGAAGAGCUCUGUGAGUCGGUCAUGACGACGAUGAUCGGGAAGCGCCUCGAGAGCUUUACACGGAUUCAAACUGUGGUGCAAAAGGCGCUCGAAACAGCCUUGCUGCGCAUCUUGACGCCAAAAAAGUCGACCGACGUCUUGCGCGAAGUGCUCGCAGCGCGCGAGGCCGGCCGCUGCUACUCGAUCGUGUUUGUCGGCGUCAACGGCGUCGGCAAGUCGACGAGUCUCUCGAAAGUGUGCUACUACCUCAAGUCGCGCGGCGUCAAGGUGAUGAUUGCGGCCUGCGAUACGUUCCGGUCGGGCGCUGUCGAGCAGCUCAACCAGCACUGCAAGGUGCUCGACGUGCCGCUCUUUGAGCGCGGGUACGCCAAGGACCCGGCGGCCGUUGCGCGCGAUGCGGUGGCCUACGGCAACGACAAUGGCUUUGACUGCGUCCUCAUCGACACGGCGGGGCGUAUGCAGAACAACGAGCCGCUCAUGCGCGCACUCGCCAAGCUCGUCUCGGUCAACAACCCGGACCUCGUGCUCUUUGUCGGCGAGGCGCUUGUCGGCAACGAUGGCAUUGACCAGCUCUCGCUCUUUGAUCGCGCGCUCGUCGACUACUCGGACCGCCAGGACCCGCGCCGCGUCGACGGCAUCGUCAUCACCAAGUUUGACACGAUCGACGACAAGGUCGGCGCGGCUGUCUCGAUGGUGUACAAGACGGGGCAGCCCAUCAUGUUUGUCGGGACGGGCCAAAAGUACACCAACCUCACCAAGCUCAACAUCAAGACCGUCAUGCGCAGUCUCCUCAGCUAA